CAUUUGGGGCUGGAGAGAUGAUUCAGUAGUUAAGAGCACUGGCUGUUCUCUCAGAGGACCCAGGUUCAAUUCUCAGCACCCAUAUGGCAGCUCACAAUUGUCUGUAACUCCAGUCCCAGGGGAUCCAAUACCCUCACACAGAGUAUAUACAAGCAAAACACCAGUGCACAUUAAAUAAAUCAUUUUUUAAAAAUCGCAUUUAUUUAUCUAGUGGUGUGUGUGUGUGUGUGUGUGUGUGUGUGUGUGUGUGUGUGUGUGUACGUGCAGUGCACAUAUGGAGGUUAGAAGACAACUUGAGGAGUAGUUCUCUUCUUCCUCCAACAUGUGGGUCUCUGCCUCCCAAGUGCUGACUGAGAUUAAAGGUGUACGCUACCACUGCCUAGUGAGCCCAUUUUUAAUCUCUGUGUGUGUGUGUGUGUGUGUGUGUGUGUGUGUGUGUGUGUGUGUGUGUGUAUUACUGUGUAAUGUGUAACCUGAGAACUAAUAUUAAUAACUAAGAUUGGGGUAAAAGAAUCUGAUUGCAGAUGAUCACGCCAUCAGGUAAAAUCAGGGUUACUUGGCAAAUCACAGUCAAUGAAACAGACUUGUGAACUGAGGAAAUGUAUCAUCUAUGUUUCUGACAUUGUGUGCUCAGGGCUCUUUUUAAGUAAUCUUGGGGUGGAGAGAGGCCUGGAGAGACUCAGGAGCCUCCUGCAUCAUGAGGGACAUUACUAGGCCCACUCUCUUGAGCGUGUCCUGUGGGUUGUCAUGGCUACGCUACUUCAUAGUGACGGACAUGCCCAAUUGGGAAGCAGCAGCUGACUACAUUGGUCCUUGCAAUCCCUGCUGGGUUUUUCCUGUCUCUCUAGGACUCUCUGUGCCUCUGCCAGCACAUCAGGUCUUUAGAGCAGAGACUAGGUUGUUGUGUUUAUCAAGGUCUCUCAGUGUUUGACAUCUGGCAUGUGUUGAUUGCAUGCAUCAGGAGCCUGGACAGGUGGGCUGCUGUCCAGGAAUAAUGACAUGGUUAGAGCAGCGUGGGUGGACAGCGGCAAGUGGUCCUGACUGACAGUAGAAGAGGGACACCGAGACUGUCUGGAUGUGGGGCAGAGAGAGAAAGGCACCCAGGUAUUUAAGAUGUGCAGAACUGUAGGAGCUGGCCAUUGUGGCAUAGACAGAGAGACCGGAGCUCUUCUCAUUUCCCACACUGUCCAUGGAUUUUGUUGCUGGGGCCAUUGGAGGAGUCUGCGGAGUUGCUGUGGGCUACCCUCUGGACACAGUGAAGGUGAGGAUCCAGACUGAGGCCAAGUACGCAAGCAUCUGGCACUGCAUCCGGGACACGUAUCGUCAAGAGCGGGUGUGGGGCUUCUACCGGGGCCUCUCACUUCCUGUGUGCACGGUGUCCCUGGUGUCAUCUGUAUCCUUUGGCACCUACCACCACUGCCUGGCUCACAUUUGCCGCUUCCGGUACGGCAGCACUGACGCCAAGCCCACCAAGGCUGAUAUCACACUCUCAGGAUGCGCCUCUGGCCUUGUGCGGGUGUUCUUGACAUCACCCACUGAGGUGGCCAAGGUCCGCCUGCAGACACAGGCCCAAGCUCAGACACAGCAGCGGCGGCCCUCAGCCUCCUGGACGUCAGUGGCUCCUGCUUUGUGUCCUGCACCCACUGCGUGUCUGGAGCCCAGGCCCAAGUACCGUGGGCCACUGCACUGUUUAGCCACAGUGGCCCGUGAGGAGGGGCUUCGGGGACUCUACAAGGGCAGCUCAGCUCUGCUCCUUCGUGAAGGUCAUUCCUUUGCCACCUACUUUCUCUCCUAUGCCAUGCUCUGUGAGUGGCUCACCCCAGCUGGCCAUAGCCAGCCAGAUGUCCUAGGUGUGCUGGUGGCUGGAGGCUGUGCUGGGGUCCUGGCCUGGGCCGUGGCCACCCCCAUGGAUGUGAUCAAGUCACGCCUGCAGGCGGAUGGGCAGGGCCAGCAGCGCUACCGGGGCCUCCUGCACUGUGUGGUGACCAGCGUGCGGGAGGAGGGCCCCAGGGUGCUCUUCAAAGGGUUGGCGCUCAACUGCUGCCGCGCCUUUCCUGUCAACAUGGUGGUGUUUGUGGCCUAUGAGGCUGUGCUGCGGCUCACUCAGAGACUGUUCACAUAGGGGCCACCAGUCAGUAGCAGCCAGGUCACAGCAGCUGGAGGCAAAGGGUGGGCUUAGGACCCCACAGGGCUGUCACUGGAACAGCAGAGGGCCUUCAGUACAGUGACUUAGGUGAGGCCUGAGCUUGGCCUGCCCAGCUCCUGACCACAAAGUCAGGGGGUUUGAUCUGCCAUCUGCUUGGGGGUCACGAGUCAAGGUUAUGUGGGUCUCCUUGAUGAGGACAUGUGCCACUUGGAGUCAUUUGUCACCGAGCAACUGUUCAUCCCUGAGUGCACUCCCUCGUCCACACCCAUGACUUCAGAGCAUACCCCCACCAACCCCACUCAACUUCCACCGCUUCACGCCGUUCCCGUAAGAGACAAGUGAGGGACCAGACAGCAAGCUGAGCCACGUGGCUACAGACUGGGCUUGUUCUCUGUCCUAGGCUGUCCAAGAGAGCUCACUGUCCUCACUGGCUGGGGAACUGGUGUGGUACUUCACUGAGUACCCACGCUCACACUGCUUGGACCCUGGAACCUGGGUUAGGAAUAGCUGUCAAUAAAUGUUUCUGAGGUUGCCCA